AUGGGCCCGUCUCUGCGAGAUCACGGCUCUUUUGUGCGGCCAUCCACCCGCGAUCGGCCCACCACCCGCGGCGAGGGAGAAAACUCGCUGGUCGUUCCCAGCCGCACCUCAUCUUUGCACUCGCGCAUCACCCAGCCCAUUGCCUCGAGCCUCAACCUCAAGCCCACCCAGCGAACACCCAAAACCCUCACCCAUGCCUACAUGGUCUGUGGUGUGGGCCGAGAGCCCUCCCAGUGGGUGAAAGCACCGCCCCCGGCCCAGGGCAAGAUCGGCCAUAUGAAGGGCGCCGUCGGCCAGUUCUGGCUGCCCGAGAUCCUGGGCAGCAGUCCACGGUUAGAACAGGAUAACGAGAUUGCUCGAUCCCUGCACUCGGCCAUGCGGGCUUGUUUCCCGCACGAUGUCGAGAUCUGCACCGGCAAGAGCCAGCCGCACUGUGCCCAUCACGCCUUUGUGCUGCAGCAGGACUCCUCGCACACUCUGUACGGUAUUGCGCUGCGCGUCUGGUCCCGUGCGGAUGAGAAACGCGCCGAGACCAUUCGCGAGCUGCGCAAGAAGACCGAGUCGGACUUCUACGACAACCCGGACGAGACCUACUGGAUCCCCUACUGCCUCAGCUUCCUGUCCCGCUAUCCGCUCUACGACCUGCUGGGCGACUAUCUCCGUGGCAUGUGGAUCCACUGGAACAAGGCCACCAACCUCUUCCAUGCCGAGGAGGUGUCUCGGAUCCUGAGCUUCCCUGCUCCGCGUCUCAACGACCUGGUUCGAAUCGAUAUGAAAGACUAUGCCCUGUGUUACCAGUUCCCCUCGUCACCUACCGGCUUCCAGAACUUUUCCAUGUGGCCCCUAUUUACUUGUCUGUCCAUUCCGAACAUUGUCGGUGUGGUCGAAGCCGCUGUCUCGCCCACGCGCCGCAUCAUCUUCGUCAGCCACUACCCAGCGAUGCUGACGGCCGCGGCCGAAACCAUCCGCUACUGCGUUCGUGUUUACGAGUGGAGCGGUUUGUACGUGCCCGUUGUGCAUGCCCGCCACGUCAAGGAGCUCGUGCAGGAGCCCGGACCGUACAUCCUGGGUGUCACCGCGGAGUGCCGGACGUUGUUCAAUGCCCCGUCCGAUGCUCUGGUGGUUGACCUCGACCGGAACUUCGUUCUCACCUCGAGCCCGCCCAACGUCCUGAGCCAGGGCCAGCGCACCAAGUUCAUCGACCGGUUGACGCAGUCUCUGAACGGCGACGUUUCGCCUUCCGGAGUGCCGACGCACUUGCGGUCUGCCUACGCCGGUGGCAAGCUGAUCCCUGCCGGUCAGAUCAUCGUGAUGCGAGGCGAGGUCGAGAGCGUCCAGGAACCCAACUGGUGGAACCAGGAUGCCGUUAUGGGCGUUAUGGACCACGUCUGCGAGAAGCUGGGACGCAACACCGGUAUGAAGGCGAUCUUUGGCGGCGCCGUCAAGAAGCCGUUGAUGACCAAGGUCUCGAUGCGCCACCUGAACGAGAUCGUGCGCGAGCGGAACCAGUACUCACGCGAUGCCAUGGAGGCCUGGCAAGAUUUCAUCAAUCUCAAGGGCCGCAUGGACACCGAACUCAGCAAGGUCACCAAGCGCAACAACUUCCUUGUCGAGGAGCUGGAGACCUGGAAGCAGCAGUUCCUCAAGUUCCAGGCGUUUGCUGAGCAGCUCACCAAAGAGACCUCGGAACUCAAGGUCAAGAUCGAGAACCACAAGCGCGAGAACCGCCGUCUCACUGGUCUCAUCGACCAGCAGAAGGAUGACGUGGCUCGGCUUACUCUGCGCCUAUCUGGCACGGAGAAGCAGCGCGACGACGCUCUCGAGGCUCUCGUCCUCCAGCAGGAGAUUGCCGAGGAGCUGGAACGCGAGCGCAAGCGCAACCAGAAGGAGAUUUCUGCUCUGCAGCACACCAACUCCACCCUCUCCCGCCAGCGCGAUGAUGCCCAGCGUGUGGUCUUGCACCUGCGUAGCCUCAUCAACGGCCAGAACCACCACAUGGAGCACAUUGUUCGCUCCAUUGGUAGUACCUCGACAAUUACUGAAAUGGUCAACCAGGGCUACGAGGAUUCCGCCGAAACCGAAGAAUCAGAGGUGGCGGCGUCGAAGGAGACCACCAAGAAGGAUGUCAAUGGCAAACCCAUGGUAAAUGAUAUGAGUCCUGAGCUGGAGCAGCAUCUGCUGAACCUCGGCAAGGACAAGAAGAGCCUUGCUCGCCUGAGCAUCAACGAUGUCGCAGACCUCUACCUGCGCGAGAAGACCGACGCCAUUGCGGAUAUCAUCCGCACCAUCAGCGACCAGUGUGCUGCCGCCGUCGAGGGCCUGCACCUGGCCCAGGACGCCGAGGACGAUGAGGAAUCCGAGGAUUCGGCCAAGGCCCGUCAGGAUGGCGACCGCCUGGGCUCCGACUUCGAGGCGCAGGAGGGCCGCUCAACCCGUGCCGCCAGCGAGAUGAGCGACAACACCGACACCAACUCGCUGCAUCCUGAUCGGAAUUCCAGCAUCCCACCCACACCGGAUCUGGUACACAACCGCUCCAGCACUUCCAUGUCCAUGGUCAGCAACACGACUUUCCCUGAGCGCUCAAGCCAGCAGUACACCACUGGCGAGAUCCCGACCCGGAUCGUCGAGGACGACGAUGAGCAUGCCCACGAAACUGAGGGCCUGGACGACCAGGCCACCGAGACGGGCACUCUGUCCAAGCAGGCCAGCGAGGAUCUCAUGCGGCCCAACACUGCACGAGUGAUUUCAUGA